CCAUGGAAACCCUGAUAGGCCGCCUUCUCUAGGCCCACACUGUGAGCCCAAAAUCAGUGCAAGGGUUAAAAUUAAAAGAAUUCCAUCUUCUAGACUCUUGUCAGAAUGAGGAAUUUAGCUGAAAAUGCAUCGAUCCCACCCGAAUACCUGUUCUGGAUGUUUUUAGGUUUCUGGGGUCAGGAGUUACUCAAAAGCCCCUGACCGUCCACUCUUGAAACAAUGUCGGGAAAUGCAGGAAUUCGCUGUUUCCAAGUGAUCUUAAUAAUCGGCAAUGUGGUCAUCGGUCUGGCUGGUCUUGCCCUGACCGCAGAAUGCAUCUACUUUGUGUCGGACCAGAACCGUCUCUACCCUCUUCUAGAUGCCACCUACAACGACGACAUCUAUGCGGCUGCGUGGAUCGGCAUUUUCACCGGCUUCUGUUUCUUCUUGCUCGCCAUCCUGGGUAUUGUUGGCGUCAUGAAGUGUAAUCGGAGGAUGCUGAUGGCGUAUUUAAUCCUGAUGUUCAUUGUUUAUUGCUUUGAAGCCGCGUCUGCUAUUGUGGCAGCAACACAAAGAGACUUCUUUAUUCCUAACUUAUUCUUGAAACAAAUGUUGGAAUAUUACCAAAACCAGAAUCCCUCCAACAGCGACGAACAAUUCAAAAUUAAUGGAGUCACAACCACCUGGAACUAUCUUAUGUUGCAGAAACAAUGUUGCGGCGUCAACGGUCCUCAAGACUGGCAGGACUACACUUCUGCGUUCCGACUUUCCAACAGCGAUUCGGCUUUCCCUUGGCCUCAGCAGUGCUGCGUGAUGAACUUUAAUGGAGAACCCCUGGACCUGGCACAGUGCAGACUGGGCGUGUCUGGAUAUCUGAAUCUUAAUGGCUGCUACGAUCAAAUUGCUGGACACCUGAAUCGUCACGCUUGGGGUGUAGCAUGGUUCGGAUUCGCAAUUUUGUGCUGGGCGUUCUGGGUGCUCCUCGCUACCAUGUUCUACUGGGUGCGGAUAGAAUAUUAGAUGAUUUCUUAAUCCUCUUAGAAAUUUUUAUAUAGCAAAUGACCAAAGACCAUGUGGCCAAUAUGGAAGACAGGACGUGAAGAUCCCUCUUCCGGAACGCCAAAGCAUUCUCUCUGACUUAUGAUAUUUUGGCCGGUGGACAUUUUUGUCUGGGAGGUGGUGGUGGGGGAUUACAGACAUAUAAUGCUGCCUUCGAAAAGACUCCAUUAUAGAGGUCCGCAGUCAUUAUGCUUGUAUAAGUAUUGGUCUCCUGUAUAUAUCCCCACGUACUACGGCCAAGUGUCAAAAAAUGUAUAUGAUGUCCCAAGUGGUUUCUGCUACAAGGUUAUACUCGUUCCUUGUCGCCCAAUUUUUAUUUUUGAAGUAUUAAGGCCACUAACUUUCUGCAUUCCAUUUUUACUUUUUGUUUUUCUUUUUUUUUUUUUUUAACGGUGAAUUAAAGUGUAAAAGAUUCAUAUAUAUAUAUAUACUUUUUUGUUGUUGUUUGUGCUCUGCUUGAUGAACCUAUACAAAUAAAUAGUAUUACGCUGCCUUUUUUCUUCUCUAUCUAAACACUGAAUCACAGAAUUAAAUGUUGUAAAAAAAAAAAAACACUGAGUAAAGAAAUGUUACUUUUGUAUUAUAACUUUGUGAGCACAAAACAACUUAUUGUCUGUAAGUGUAAAAUCACUAUGUAUUCACCACAAUUUUUAUUGUUAAAAAAACAAUAAAAAAAAUA